AUGCUGCCUGUGGAAAAGCGACAUAUUUUCGAUCAGUUCUAUACUCCUGCUUUGUAUCGAGCCGAGUUUGACGCUAAACCCAUGGUGCUCUUUCUUGGACAGUAUUCUGUGGGCAAAACAUCAAUGAUUAAGUUUCUUCUCAACGGAAUGGAAUACCCUGGAAGUAUGAUUGGACCUGAACCAACUACAGAUUGCUUCACAGUUAUUUACCAUUCUUCUAAUGCAACCAAUGUAAUGGGCACGUCGCUCGCGUCUGAUAACACACUGCCAUUUCAGUCAUUGAAUAUGUUUGGAUCAGCGUUUUUAACUCGCAUGCGUGGUGCUACACUUCCAGCAAAAUUACUCGAGCAUAUAACUCUGAUGGAUACACCAGGGAUUCUUUCCGGUCAAAAGCAACGUUCUUCACGUGGCUACGAUUUCGCUUCUGUUGUAAAUUACAUUGCAGGAAAAGUGGAUUUGAUUGUGUUGCUAUUUGAUACUUCCAAAUUGGAUAUCAGUGAUGAAUACAAGCAAGUAAUACAAUGUUUAAAAGGAAAUGAGGAAAAAAUCAAAAUAGUGCUGAACAAAGCAGAUCAAGUAGGAGCUGGUGAAUUGAUUCGAGUGCGCGGUGCACUGAUGUGGAGCUUGAGUAGAAUUUUAGAAUCACCUGAAGUUCCUAAAGUUUUCAUUGGCUCUUUCUGUGCCAAAGAUAAUAAAGACAUAAUUAGCAGUGAAGUACAUCAAAUUUUUAUUCAAGAAUAUAUGGCAUUUUUCGACGAACUUAAAUUGCUUCCACUGAAUUGUAAUGUGCGAAAAUUAAACGAUGUCAUCAAACGUGCCAGGAAACUGAAAAUUCAUGCACUUAUUAUGGAACAGAUUCUGAGAAUGGUUCGUGUUAUGACGCAGCGUAAUUUAAUUCGAAUAUUGGAUGACUUCAGAUAUCGUUUGCGAAUUGCGGAAAGCGAUUUACCGGACGUAGAACCAUUUUUGGAAAAAGCUCACUUAUCCUAUAUCAAAGCAUGGCACAAAGUUGACAGAGAACAUAUGCAAAAUUUAGAGCUGUUUAUUAACGAUGAUAUCCCCAAAAUGGUUGCAGCUGUACAAAGCAAAGAUAAAAAAAUUGAGAUUCCAAAAGUUCUUGAAGAUCUCUUUAAUGAUUUGAUCAAUGAAAAUAAAGACUCAAGGAAAAUCAAUAUGGGAUCAAAAUCAAAUAGAUCAGAAUCUAUCGGCAUAAAGCAAAAUAAUAAGCCACAGAUCAUGUCCAGCUCUGAACAAGAAAAACAAAAAUCGAAGUCAGAAAAGCCUUGUUCCAAUGAUAUUAAAAAAAAGAGAAACUAA